UGGGGCCUGUGGGCCUGGCUCGGCAACUGGCAAAUUCUUCCUUGCCGGCGUAGAUUCUCGGGCUAAGAAACUGGUUCCGAACCCAACGGAACCCAGCGCUGAGCGACGCCGGGUCACGUGGCCUGCGGCCCCAUGACGUUCGGGCUGCGAGGCGUCAUCGUGACGUUCGGGCGACCCGCCGAGUGGCCCCGCUGCCUCCGCCACCUGUGCAGUCGCGGUGCUGUCAUGGACCUGGGACCGAUGCGCAAGAGUUACCGCGGGGACCGAGAGGCGUUUGAGGAGACUCAGCUGACCUCCCUAAACCCCAUGAAGCAGUUUGCUGCCUGGUUUGAGGAGGCUGUUCAGUGUCCUGACAUAGGGGAAGCCAAUGCCAUGUGUCUUGCUACCUGUACCAGAGAUGGGAAACCGUCCGCCCGCAUGGUGCUGCUGAAGGGCUUUGGCAAGGACGGCUUCCGCUUCUUCACUAACUUCGAGAGUCGAAAGGGACAAGAGCUGGACUCUAAUCCCUUUGCUUCCCUUGUCUUCUACUGGGAGCCCCUAAACCGUCAGGUGCGAGUGGAGGGUCCCGUGAAGAAGCUGCCCGAGGAGGAGGCCGAGUGCUACUUCCACUCCCGCCCCAAGAGCAGCCAGAUUGGGGCUGUGGUCAGUCACCAGAGUUCCGUGAUCCCCGAUCGGGAGUAUCUGAGAAAGAAAAAUGAGGAACUGGAGCAACUCUACCAGGAACAAGAGGUGCCGAAGCCAAAAUACUGGGGUGGCUACACCCUGUACCCCCAAGUAAUGGAGUUCUGGCAAGGCCAAACCAACCGCCUGCAUGACCGGAUCGCUUUUCGACGGGGCCUACCGACAGGAGACUCCCCCUUGGGGCCUAUGACCCACCGAGGGGAGGAAGACUGGCUCUAUGAGAGACUUGCACCCUGACCCCCCGAUCUGCUGGCGCUGACGGGAGCUGUGAUCUGUGCUAAGAGAGGGUGUGGGAUCAGGAGCCAGGCCCUUCCAAACCCAACGCAUUUCCCUUCCCACAUCUUAUAUUCAGGGCCCUUCAGAGAGUUCUCUGUAGUCAGCUGGUCUGGUGGAGUCUAACCUUGGCAUGGACAAUCACAAAUGUAAAAUAAUCCCAUAAUUAUUCUUGACCUUAACUAUGGUUUAUUGGAAUAGCUCCCUCUAGGGGUAGCAUCUGGUGUGAUUCCCUUUCCUGGUGACAGGGGUUGGGCCCACAGCAGCCUUGUCUGUUAUCACGUGACAGUCAUACCGGCCAAAGCCCAUUGGUCCCAGCAGAAGCGCCUGAGCCAAUCUAGCCAAUUGGUUUUUCAUGUCACCAAUUUGAAAUUUGAAACAGGGACUCAGAGCAUAGGAGUGUUUGUAGCCAAGUCAAUAAUGGCCGCCUAGAAGCAACAGCCUCUGGGUGCUGCUCUUGCAACUCCCUCAGCUGUCCCUGGAUCCCUCCUUCCCAUGUCUGGGUUGUGCAAUUCCUUCUCCUACCUCAGAAAACCCAUUAUCUCU